AUGAAACCAAUAUGUCGGAUUUACCAAAUUGCGCUUGUUUUCCAGGUUUUUGGCUGGUCGGCGCAGGCCAACGACCUAUUCUUGUCCGACACCUUGGUUAGAAAAGGGCAGCUACAAGAUGUACUCGAGCAUCAGCCUGCUAAGGUUCCGUCGUGCAAAAAUGCGGUGCUGACUGGCCCAAUUGAAACCACUACAUGCGACUACGAGACAGUGGAGAGUGUCAACGACGACCUCUUCGGCAACCUUUCGCGCCUUGUCCGAAUGCCGUUCUUUAGAUUCUUUCAGGUGGAUCUAUACAGAGAAUGCCCCUUUUGGCCAGACCAUGGCUCGUGUAGUGACCCAGGGUGUGCAAUAACAACAGUCGAUGAGAGCGAUGUGCCAGAGAAGUGGCGAGCCGAAACUCUGAGCAAAGUGGAUCCUUCAUCAAGAGAUACACUCCAUCAGUUGCCAGGUUGUUAUUACCGGGACUCCGAUUUUUGUUUUUUGGACGACAAUACCGAGGGGGAUUAUUUUGACCUACAGCUGGUUCCCGAACGGUACACAGGGUACUCAGGCCCCGAUGCUCAUCGGGUUUGGCGUUCUAUAUAUGAAGAGAAUUGCUUUGGACUCUCUGAGCUCAGCCUUAUGACCGGGAAAUCACCCGCCCCUGUAUCCCUCCCGGAUACUAUGAUCGAAUCAUUGCACGAGAAUGAGCAAGUUUCUGAUCCCCACUGCCUCGAGAAGCGAGUCUAUUACAAGGUUAUAUCUGGUCUACAUGCUUCUAUCUCGACACACAUUUGCCAUGAGCAUCUUAAUCAGAAGACGGGAGAAUGGGGACCAAAUCUAGCUUGUUUCAUUGACAAGGUUGUUUCUCACCCAGAACGGUUACAAUAUAUCUACUUCAACACCAUCCUUAUGCUUCGCGCUGUCGCUCGGCUUGGACCCUACUUGUCGGUGUACGACUAUUGCUCUUCGGGAAAGCACGAUGAUGACGCAGAAACAUUGGCAAUACUAUCAAAAGUAAUAGCCGUUGCCAAAAAUGCAGGCAAAUUCAAUGAAAAAGUGCUUUUCCGCGGAGAGAACGCGAAUGUAUUGAAAGAGGAAUUCAAGACACAUUUCCGCAACGUUACGCGCAUCAUGGAUUGCGUCGGCUGCGACAAGUGCCGUCUCUGGGGAAAAGUGCAGACCACUGGCGUGGCCACGGCCCUAAAAAUUCUGUUCGAACUUGACGAGCAGGCUUUGGACCCUCACGCGAAUUCGAACCUUCUUCAUCGUUCAGAAGUUGUUGCUAUGAUAAACACGCUGUUCCGAUUCAGCGAAAGCCUAAAGUUUUACGACGACUUUAGACGUAUGUGGCAGACAACCGGCUCAUCAAAUUCUGAGAAAAGUCCGCUUGAUGCCGAUAAAACACUUCUCCAUACCAUACCCUCCCCUUCCGCCAACGAGGACAAUUUAAACCCUUUUGACCAAGGGAUGUUCCGCUUUGCUUCUCUAUUCCGGAUCUGCAAAAGCAAUACCGUUGAUUGCCUAGCAUUAUUCCUGAAGGCAUUCCAGACAUGGCUUGGUAAGUUGCUAUCAGCUUUCCGACCGUCUGGAAAAGAAAACGGGCCAUCUGGAGCACAAUAUGGGGAACUCUAA